UGUAGUGUAAUUUCUAUUUAAUAAUUUGUAGUUGUAGUUCUUUUUAAUAUUUAGUAGUUACAAGGAGUAUCUUUAAGUUUCAUUCAUGAUGUGGAAGCAUUGUUCUCAAUCGUUUUUGUCCGUAAUUUAUGAGCGGCCACUGAACUGAAAUGGCAAAUGGCAGCGCGAGCUUACGAGUUUUACCAGUUUCAGUGUCUCAGUGGGCCAUGGCUUUGCUUUGGGCCGCAAAUCGGAAGAGGUUUUCGAGACUUUUCAUGCGAGUGCGCGGCGAUUCAGCUGCUCAGUCCACGUCCGCCACUGCUCGCAAAAUGACGCUCCAAAUGCUGUGCCCCAAGUGCAUCCUGCUCGUGGCGAUGCUGCUCCUGCUGGACUCCAGUCUGGCCAGACCGCAGCAGUUCUUCCUCGCCGAGGAUCUGACAACAGGAACGGGAACGGGUACGGGUACGGGAACGGGUACGGGUACGGGAACCGGAUUUGCAGAUGAUCGAUUGCGCUCGAUCAACGAUCCUUCGGAUCUGAGUGCUGGUUUGAAUUUGGCGCCCGUCGGCAGUCUGAUUGCGGCAGCAGCGAAUGCCGUUCCCCCCGCCCCCGUUCAAUUUAUUCGCACGGCCAUGAACAGCGGGCUCUGACCGCCAGGUGGCGCUAACCUGAAUUCUAAAACACCCCAAAUAUAAUUGUCUCUAAUUUUUAAGCGCCUUUUUGGGCACCACUUUUAAUUACUUUGUUAAGCUGCAUUUUUUGUUUUGAUUUUUUUUUUGUGUGUUUAAAUUUUUUGUAUUAAGCUGUAUUGCUUUGGUUUUGUUUGUGUCGAGCCAAGUGCUAUAAAUGACUUUAUAUACUCGUUUAA